AUGAGUGAAGUUAAAACAGAAGAUUAUCAAAGAAUUAUAGAACAAGAAGAAUUACCUUCACUCGAACUUUUAGAAAAAAAAACAAAAGAAGGAGAAUGUGGACUUCAUUUAAUAAUUAAAAUGUGUUAUAAUAAUAUAACAAAAAAUGAAAAUAAAGAGAAGUAUUUAGAAAGAAUAUUAAAAUUUGUUAUUGAAAAGAAAAACCAAAUGUUAAGUGAAGAAAAUUGUUUUAAAGAAAAUGCAUUUUCAUUAAUUGUUCAAUUGUUUCCGUGUUAUAUUGAACUUCUUAUAAAAUAUGUUCAAUUUGAUUCAAAUAUUUUACGAGUAAUAUCAAAUAGUCCAAACCCACAAAAGUCAUAUGAAGCAUUUUCUGUAGCAACAUCUAAAUUACCAGAGAUAGCACAAAAUUGUGAAGGACCACCAACAAUUGAAGUACCAAAAGUGAGAUGGUAUUCAUUAGAAGAUAAGACAGAUGCAGAAUUUUAUUCAGAAUAUAAUGCAAUUGUAGUUAAUUAUAAAAGUACUGGAACAAUGUGGGCAACAAAAGAUAUUAAAAAUCAAUUGUUUGAAGGAAAAUAUAGAAUUAUUUCAUUAGAUGGAGGGGGUGUUAAAGCAUUAAUGCAAUUAUAUGUAUUAGAUAGAUUAGAAGAAGAGUUUCCUGGAUUUCUUGCACGUACAUCACUUUUUUGUGGAGUUAGUGCAUCAAGUUUAUUAUCAACACAAUUUGCAUUAGGAUGUGAUAUUAAAACAGCAAUCAGAUUAUUUGAAUUAAUAACAAAAUAUGUCUUCAUACGAAGAGUUGGAGGAGGGGUUUAUGGUCCAUUAUAUACAUCUAAAUAUAUGUUAAAAUAUCUUCAAGUAUUUUAUAGAGAUAGAAGACUUGGUGAUUUACCUCGAAAUGUUUUUUUCAUUUCAGUUUGUGCAAAAGCCCCAAGAAUGGCUUCAGUGUUAUUUAAUAAUUUUAAUGAAGAAAAUAGUAAUAUUAAAUUAGUUGAUGCUUGUAUGAGAUCUUCCUCUGCCCCUAUAUAUUUUGAUUCUUAUGAAGGGUAUCUUGAUGGUGCUUUAUUUGAAAAUAACCCAGUCACUUGUGCGUUUCCAGUACUUUUUGGUAGAAAUGGUGGAAUUAAUUUAAAACCAAAAGAUGUAGUUUGUUUUUCUAUUUCUACUGGUGCACCAAAUAUGCCUUAUAUUGACCAAAAUGAAUAUCAAAAAGCUGGAUUCUUAAAAUGGGCACUAAGAACUCUUGACUUAUUCCAAUAUGCAAGAAGAAAUAUGAGUACAGUAAUUGGUCAUGAAUUAUUAGGUGAGAGAUACUUUAGACUAGAUCCAAAAAUGCCAAAUAAUUUACGUCUUGAUAGAAUUUCUGAUUGUGAUAAAAUCAUUGAAUGUGGUAAAACCAUUGAUAUUACUAGUCUUAAAGAAUGGAUAAAGAAAUAUUGGAUGUAA